AUGUACUGGAGCUGGUGUCUAAUUUCAUGUCCCGUCUCAAAUCGCAAGAAUCGUACCGAUUUCACGCAUUUCCUCAAGUUGCUUUUUAGAAAAGAGCCCUUUCAUAAGAAGUUCAUUCCGUUAUUAAAUCAGGAGACAACAGCUAUUAUCGGAGUCAUGUUGCAGCUCCGGCUGCCGAACGAAUGGCCUACUUUGCCGUUCUCCUCAACGGAAGGUGACCAGCCCAAAGGUGCCGAUAACGACGACAUCACCAAUAUCAUGCCAGAAGAACUAUGUUUCAGCUCCUUUGCGCGCGCCUGUGCGGCUAGGCGGGCUCUCCAGCGUCUGCGUGCGCACUCCUUCCCCUCUGCCGCCUCCGGGUCCAGCCCACCUGCACCUAAAAAGCCGCGUCUCCACAGUGAUUCACAGAUGCCCCCAACACCUGCAGCGGGCCCUAGGUUGGGUGGUACCCCCCCCCUCACCUCACCUCAUGGCUCCCAGGCGGUGCGGAUUUCGGACUGGCUCAAGCUGUGGAGGAGGGCCUGGUGCUCGGACCUCGCAUCUUGUUUACGGGUACGACUUCGUACGACACGGUUGACCAACACGCAGUUCUCCGAGGCGGAGCUCAAAGCGAUCGUGGAGGAGGCGGGUGCGGCCGGGACCUACGUGUGCGCCCACGCCUACACCCCCGCCGCCAUACAGCGCGCCGUGAAAUGCGGCGUGGCGUCUAUCGAACACGGCAAUUAUCUGGACGAGUACACAGCGCGGCUCAUGAGCCAUCGACGGGUCUUCUUGGUACCGACUCUGGUAACGUACCGCGAGAUUGUACGGCAUGGUACGGCGGCGGGGAUGCCAGAGGUAUGGAGGAGUGGGAGCGGGGGUUCGUGUAAGCUGGUUGCCAAGGUUGGUGAUGCUGUCGACGCGUUCUCCGAGGCGGAGCUCAAAGCGAUCGUGGAGGAGGCGGCGCGCCGUGAAAUGCGGCGUGGCGUCUAUCGAACACGGCAAUUAUCUGGACGAGUACACAGCGCGGCUCAUGAGCCAUGUGGGGCUUUUUAUGGGGGGAAGGUUUCGUUUGUGUACGGCUUGUGUACGGCGGAGGUAUCAGAGUAUGUUUGA